CUGAUCCAUAUGUUAAUCGAUUUCAAACAUUUUGGUUCACAAAUAAUUCUGGUCUUAUCCCAUCACUAAUACAAAAUUCAUCAUUUUUAUCAAAAUCAGAUCCAAAUAAUUAUGAUCCAAAUAUACAAAAGAAUAUUUUAUCGAAUGACAAACAAGGUUUAUGCUCAGCUGCUUCAACCUCAUCAUCAUCUUUGUCUAUUGUAAAUGGUUACUUUAAAGACUUAUUAAAGAUUCUACUUGUUAUGAAUUUUAUUAUUCCAAUCAUAAUAUUUUACAUUUGUUUAAAUUAA